UUUUGAUGUGUUAUGAGCAUUCUUUAAGAAACGGCAAACGAAUCUCGAUAAAUCAGGCCAAGAGAACGUUGCAGAACAGCGGAAACGGGAAUGUCGCUCAAACCGAGAAGGAUAGUGUUCGACGAGGUCUGGAAAGUGCUCCAGGAUUUGCUGCAGCAGCUGAUCACUCUGCAGCCCGUCAAGCGCGAUGUCUGGAACGAUCGUUUCGUUGAUGUGUACGCAAUCUGCGUCGCGCAUCCUGAGCCGCUGGCGGAUCGGCUCUACUUGGAGACGAAAACGUUUCUGGAAAACCAUGUGAAGAAAUUGCUGGAAGAGCGAGUUUUGAUAGCGGAUUCGGAGGCCACCGCAAAGGGGCAGACCGUCGAGGAAACUACUUCCCCUGCAGUAGUACCGACGUCCGAUCUACUGCUCGCUCGGUACUACGAGGUCUGGAUGGAGUACAGCGAGGGUUCACGAUACUUAAACUAUCUCUAUCAGUAUCUCAAUCAUCAACACAUAAAAAAACAGAAGCUCAACGAGGCCGAAGUUGUGUACGGUUGCAUCAAUAAUAGCGACAACCAGGAGAAGAUGGAGAUCGGAGAGCUUGCGCUCGAGAUCUGGAACCAGUACAUGAUACAGCGGCUGGGGAACGAGCUGGUCGACCAGAUACUCAGUGGUAUCAACGCCGAACGAGUGAACAACAUCGCUGGGCAGUGUAACAAGAACACUGAAAUUAUUCGUGGCGUCAUUAGGAGCUUCGUGGCUGUGCAGGAGUACCGUCGCAAAGGGUCGCUACAGCUGUACCAGGAGCUUUUUGAAGAGCGAAUGUUGCAGGAAAGCGGACAGAACUUCCGUAUCGUGGCAAGUUCGCUACUCCAGGUGUGCAGCGUUAGUCAGUACAUGGAGCGUAUAAUUAAAAAGUUUGCUGAAGAGGAAAAGCUAGCCAAUAUCUACCUACAUACAAGUUCUCUUCCGAAGCUAAGAAAAGUGUGCGAAGAAGAAAUGGUUACGAAGCACAUGAACUUCCUCUACUCGGAGUGCAAGGAAAUGGUGGCGGACGAGAAGAGUACUGACCUGCAGAACUUAUACAUCCUGCUCAAACCGGUCACGGACGGACUGAAGCGUCUUAUCGAGGUGUUCCUGGAGCACAUCAAGGAGCAGGGCAAGAAAACAAUCGCUUGCAUGAAGGGCGAUUCGGUGCACAUACAAUUCGUAGAGAACAUGCUCGAUGUACAUCGAAAGUAUGAAGAAAUGAUACAUAGCACUUUCAAGUCUGACCCAUUGUUUCUGGGGGCGCUGGAUAAGGCCUGCGCUCGGAUCAUCAACGAAAAGCACAGCAACAAUCAGGUAUGCCGCAGUGCCGAAUUGGUGGCCAAGUACUGUGAUAGUCUGCUGAAGAAAUCGAAAACGACCGAGGGUGAGAUCGAUCAAAAAUUGACCCGCAGCAUCAUCAUCUUCAAGUACAUCGAGGACAAGGAUGUGUACCAGAAGUUCUAUAGUCGCAUGCUGGCGAAGCGAUUGAUUCACGAACAAUCGCAAAGUAUGGACGCCGAGGAAUUGAUGAUUAACAAGCUUAAGCAGGCGUGUGGGUACGAAUUCACCAACAAGCUGCACCGCAUGUUCACCGACAUUUCGGUGUCCACGGAUUUGAACACCAAAUUCGGCAAAUAUCUUAACGAUAACCAACUCGAGACUGGUAUAAAUUUCUCCGUCAAAGUUCUGCAGGCGGGCGCGUGGCCCCUAGGGCCGACCCAGGUGGUAGCCUCCUUCGCCAUACCGCAGGAAUUCGAAAAGUCGAUUCGCUUGUUCGAAAAGUUCUACCAUAUCAACUUUAGUGGCCGCAAGCUUACCUGGCUGCACCAUCUCUGCCACGGCGAAAUGAAGCUGUCGUUUGAGAAGCGCAACUACAUCGUCACGAUGCAAACGUACCAGAUGGCGAUACUGCUGAUGUUUGAAAACACGGACAAGUACACGUGCAAGGAGCUGCAAACUUCGCUGCAGCUGCAGCAAGAAAUUUUCCAACGACACUUGCAAAGUCUGGUCGAAGCAAAAAUCCUGCUGCUCAGUGAGGAGAAAAUGACUGAUGAAACAGAAGUGAGCAUAAAUGUGAACUACAACAACAAGAGGACGAAGUUUAAAAUAACCACUAACCUGCAGAAGGAAACUCCCCAGGAGGUGGAACACACGAUGAAUGCUGUCGAUGAGGAUAGAAAAAUGUACCUCCAGGCAGCUAUAGUGCGAAUUAUGAAGUCGAGAAAAGUACUUCGCCAUAACGCUCUAAUACAAGAGAUUUUAUCGCAAUCGAAGGUCAGCUUUGCGCCGAAUGUAUCAAUGAUCAAGAAGUGCAUCGAAUCGCUGAUCGAUAAGCAAUACAUUGAGCGUACGCCCAACUCUGGUGACGAGUACAGUUACGUGGCUUAGAUGGCGUCCUUCGGCCGGGUACGAGAUAGACUCUGCGUCGAUAAUGGCAGCAGCAACAUAAUACACAUAAUCGAAACUAGUUAGCUGCGCGGGUCCCUUGGUACCAUGAUGGUUUGAGUUUGUUGGAACUAUAAUAUUUCGUUUGUGAAAGUUUGUUUUAAAUAAUAAUGAAAAAAUUUGCCGAAACGGCAUUCACAACAGCCCUACAUCUAUUCCGUUCGAUGCGCGACUCACUUGACAGAGGGCUACAAUAAAUUUUUCGUUUCACUUCAAUUCUAGUGGCGUUUCACAUCGUCCGAUCGUCGUUUGUUUCAGUUUCCAACGGCACGGGCAACAAUCAAAAUUAAAUGCUGUUGAACUCUAUUUAGUGGAACUAAAUUGUUGUGAUGGAAACAAUCUGAAAUUGAAACCAAAUUUAUAUUACUAAUUACGCAUUGCGAAGUUAGUUACGUUUGAUAUUUAUGGUGGUUGUUUGUUGGUAAAUUCUUAUUGGC